AUGGCAGAUGGCUGGGUCUUUGAUCAGGGCAUUGCGGGAAGAUGGCGGGGCAAGCCGAUAGUCGAGGCGGUCAAGGUGGAGGCACCGGCUGAAGCGCCCGCCGUUCCAGAACCAGAACCCGAUCCUGAGCCCCAGUCACGGGAGAAUGAAGAAGCGGAAGAGGUGGAAGUGGCUGACGAAGCGGAAGUGGUGGCUGCUGAAGUGGAAGUGGUGGCUUCGCCCUCCAGCUCCGCGACCGAGGAGGCACAAGAGCCACAGUCUCCGGCAGUUGCUUUGGGUGCGGCGAGGGUGGAAAUGGUGAGGUUGCCUGACGAGGUCCUUGGUGCUGGCUUUGAGUUUGUGCAACUUGAAGUUGCCAAGGGGCUGCAGCCCCUCACUUUCAUGCUUGGCUCUGGCUUUCCCUCCAAUGCAGUCACCUCACGCGGGCGCGAGCUGAUUGACAUUGAAGGUGCAAAGUUCACGGGCGGCUGGCUCUCAGAGGCUCAGGCUGCCAAUAAAGUCGGCCUGGAAGACGUUCGCUUCCUCGGGACAGGUUCAAAAAUAGAUGAUCUUGGCGAUUGCAGCGUCAUGGACUUUCCUCAGGCGCAACUUGCGGAACAGCUCGGGAUUGAGGUUCACGGCAUCCUGGGCAAGCCAUUCUUCACCAAGUACGACGUCGAUCUUGACCGGUAUCGUGCUCGCGCAGACAUCUAUGCGCCCGGAGAGGCGGCGUUGCAAGGUUUCUACAGCGGGGUCAAGCACCUUCCCGGCUUGGAGCUGCCACAAAAUAAUCUGGGGCUUGCGGUCAAAGGAGCAGCUGUGAGUGAAGAGGGAGGCCUUCCAGAGACACCAUCGGCCUUCAUUGGGCUUUUGGACAGCAGCGCCGCCCACACGGUUCUGAACUGGGAGGCCGCCAAACUCUUCGGCUUCAGUGGGCCAACUGAUCCGCGCCUUGCCGCCGCAGCAAAGGUGCUGGCGGCAUCUGCGACUGGACAGGCUGAGGAAAUGCCGGUUACGUUGGUACGACUUAGCCUGUGCAGCGUUCCAGAGGGAGUUGGGCCGAAGAUUCUUUCUGUCUCGAAGGAGGAAUUUGAGUCGAGGGGCAGUGCCAAUGGUUGGGUCUUCGAGGACCUUAGCGGAGGUGACGAGUGCAUUGACUUCGGUGCCAUUAAUGUUGCCAUUGGAAACCCUCUGGCGCUGUCUGUACUGGAGGAUUCAAAAAUCGGGCCCUUCAAGGGUGCAGCUGCGAUCAUUGGUCAGGAUGUACUUUUCCAGGCUGACCGGCUGGUCAUGAACAUGAAGGACAGCCAGAUUUGGCUUAAGCCUGGCGAGAUCAGAGACUCGCCGGAAAUGUGA